AUGACCCGCUUGGCCGUGACUCGUGCGCUGCGGAGCGUUCCGCGGGCCACCAUCUUAUCGAGACCACCACAGUUCCCCAGAACCCCAUCUUUCAGGAACAGGGCUCCCCCCUCUUUGGCCAACUACAACACUCGCAGCCUAUCAGUAACCGCUCGCCGUUUGAGCGACGACGACGAUGAGAGAAAAUGGUCAACUCCUCUCGCAAAACAGCUGGCUGAGGCCAUCACGGCGACCGGCCCAGUGCCAUUGGCCAGUUUCAUGCGCAUGUGCCUGACUGGCGACAUUGGCGGUUACUACACCGGCGCCAUUGAGAAAUCCGAGCAAAACCGUGACCAGUUUGGCGUCAAAGGCGACUUCGUCACUUCGCCCGAGAUCUCCCAAGUCUUCGGUGAACUUUGUGGGCUUUGGUAUGUCACCGAAUGGCUGGCCCAAGGUCGUCCGAGUAAAGGAGUCGAGCUGAUCGAGGUCGGCCCGGGUCGUGGUACCUUGAUGGAUGAUAUGCUUCGGACAAUACAAAACUUCCCAGAGAUGGCUAAGAGCAUCGAUGCUGUUUACAUGGUCGAAGCCAGUCCCCAGCUCAGAAUGGCCCAGAAGAACCUUUUAUGCGGCGAGGACGCUGCCAUGAGCGAGUCGAAGGUUGGCUAUCAUAGUCAUUGCAAGUACGGAGACAUUCCCAUCGUCUGGACAGAGACCAUCAAGUCCAUCCCCUACGACCCCGAGAAAACCCCCUUCAUAAUGGCCCACGAAUUCUUCGACGCCCUCCCCAUCCACGCCUUCCAACUAGUCCAAGUCCCGCCCACAGAACCAGCCUCCCCGUCCUCCAUAGCAACCAUCACCACUUCCGGCCCCAAACAAUCCAAACAGCCCAGGACAAGCGGCACCACAGAUCCAAUCCUCGAAUGGCGAGAACUCCUCGUCUCUCCCACUCCCCCCUUUUCAACACACACCACCCUCCGCACCCCGGCCUCUCAUAACCCGCACCUCACCCCUCCCCCCGACUUUCAACUAACCGUAUCCCCUUCCCCCACGCGUCACUCCCUUCACCUCCCCGACCUUUCCCCGCGCUACCGCGCCAUCAAAUCUUAUUCCUCUUCUUCUUCUUCUUCUUCUUCUUCUUCUUCUUCUUCUUCUUCUUCUUCUUCUUCUUCCUCCUCCUCUCAAAAACCCCUCGCCGUCCUCCCCGACGGCACCACCCAAGCCGGCGCCCUCAUCGAAAUCUGUCCCGACGCUUUCCUGUUUGCCUCCGACUUCGCCACUCGCAUCGGCGGAUCUCCUGCCCACCCCAAACACUCACCCCGCGGCGCGGCGCUGAUACUCGACUACGGUCCCGGCGACGGCAGCGUCCCCGUCAACUCGCUGCGCGGGAUACGCAAGCAUCACCUCGUCAGCCCGUUUGCGGAACCGGGGUUGACGGAUUUGAGUGCCGAUGUGGAUUUCACGGCGAUUGCGGAGGCGGCGACGAAUGCGAGCGAAGGGGUGGAGGUGCAUGGACCUGUUGAGCAGGCCUGGUGGUUGGAGGGGAUGGGAGGGAGGGAGAGGGUUGAGCAGUUGGCGAAGCGGUCGCAAGGGGGAAAUGAAGAAGAAAAGGACAAGUUUGUCAAGGAUUUGAGGAGGAGCUGGGAUCGGUUGGUGGAUCGGGGACCGAAUGGGAUGGGGAGGAUAUACAAGGUUUUGGCCAUUGUGCCCGAGAAUGAUGGGAGGAGGAGGCCAGUUGGUUUUGGAGGGGAUGUCGUCAUGUAA